AUGGCGAAUCGCACAGUCUACGAGCAGGCGACCACUGGUUUCACCGGUGAGAAUUCCCCCAUCACCCUUCCGAACAUCCCGAAUGAUAGGUCGUGGCGGAUUCCUUCUUACAUCAUGACGGCCAUCACCAAUUCAUGCCAGUUUCAUGGACGUGACGACGAGGAUGCACCCGCUCACAUCAACCGCAUCACUCGUCUUUGCAGCACCUUCUCCAUUGAGGGGGUGAACCUCGAUGCUCGAUUUCUUCAGAUCUUUCCAUUCUCACUCGCUGGACGCGCAGCCGUCUGGUUCGAUUAUCAGCCAGCGGGCACUUUCACCACUUGGGCAGGUCUUCGCGAUGCUUUCUUAGCCAAGUACUUUCCACCAGCCAAGGCGUCUCGCCUUCGUGACCAGAUCCACUCCUUCCGCAUGGAGCCUGAUGAGCCGUACCACUUGGCGUGGGAGCGUUUUCAGACUUUGAUCUCCCGUUGUUCUCAGCAUGGUUUAUCCGAUUGGGCGUUAGUUGAAAAAUUCUACAAUGGUCUUACUCCUGAGAUUAGAGCUCAUUUCGAUACUUCAGCAGGAGGGCAGCUUGUGGGUAAAAAGACAGUAGCUGAGUGCAAUGAUUUGUUUCAAAGUUUUGCCCAUUCAGAUAUGGAUUACAGCACUACCAGCAGAACUCCCAUUCCUGUUCAUACCACCUCGGCCGGUCGAGGGGUAAACCAAGUUAGCUUGGAUCCAUCGGUAGUUGCUGCUAUAGUCGAGAGAGUUAGAGAGGAGUUGAGGCAAGAGAUGAGGCAAGAGCUGAGUGAGAUUAAGAAGAAAGUUGAUAGGUGUGAGGUCUGUAGGGGAGGUCACGAUACGAUUGAGUGUCCCACACUUACGUUAGAGCAGGUUAAGUUCAUAGCCGGUCAGUCUAGGGGUCAAUUUAGUAAUAAUAAUAAUCUUUUUAACUCCAGCUGGCAGGGUAGUGGUAGUAGUAGUGGAUAUCGCUCUUCUGGCGAUCCCCUGCUCAAGAGUCAGCAGUCUACUCUUUUAGACCUUCAGAGGACAGUAGGGGAUAUAGCUAGGCAGUUGAGAGAGUCCCCCUCUGGUCAGUUUUCAGGUACCAUUCACCCGGUUAACCAUUCUGUGAAAGCCAUCACUACUCGUAGUGGGGUGAGUCUAGGAGAGGUCGCGAGAGAGAGUGCUGAGUUAGAGAGUGAUGCUGAGGUAGAUGAGGAGAUAGAGAUGAAGGCCCCAGGUAAGGUGCAACAUAGGCUUGGCCCAGCAAGUACCGCACAUACCGAGGAGCCUCAGGUUGAGAAGAAAGUGGAGAAGCAGCCGGGUAGGGCUAGGGCGGCACCAGUGAUUGAUUACUCCCGUCUUCCGUUUCCUGCCCGUGCUAAGCAGCAGCAAUACGCUAGGGAAUACGAGAAGUUUCUUACGAUGUUCACCCAAUUAAAAGUCAAUCUUUCGUUCAUAGAGGCCCUGAGAUCCAUGCCCAAAUAUGCCAAGUUUCUUAAGGAUUUCCUCAAGCGUAAGGAUAAGUUAGGUGAGUGUUCUAUUACUCCACUGAAUGGCGAAUGUUCUGCGGUUAUUCUAAACAAACUUCCUGAGAAACUCACUGAUCCGGGCAUAUUCACGAUCCCUUGUUUAUUUGGUGGUGAUGUUCAAAACCACGCGUUGGCAGACCUUGGUGCUAGUAUUAAUUUGAUGCCUUAUUCAUUUUACGAGAAACUAGGCCUUGGUGAUUUGAAGCCGACUCGUAUGACCCUCUCGUUAGCAGAUAAGUCAGUUAAGUAUCCUAGGGGGAUCGUAGAGAAUUUGUUAGUAAAGGUGGAUAGGUUUGUCUUUGCAGCAGAUUUUGUAGUGCUAGACAUGGAGGCUGAUGAAAAAGUGCCAUUGAUUUUAGGGCGCCCGUUCUUGAACACCGCUAAAGCGCUUAUAGAUGUCUUCUUAGGCACAAUUACACUUAGAGCGGGCGACGAGUCAGUAGUUUUCGAGGUGAAUACUACGAGAGGGUCGAGUGAGGGAGUUGAGGCGGUCGCGUUGUUGAAAGAGAGUGAGAAGGUUGAGAGCGAUCAGAAAAAGGUGGUGACUGAGCUGAGUGUGGAGAAGGUGUUAAAACCCAAGUGUGGGGAUCCACCUGAUAGGAGAGUAGAGGAGAUAAAGAGAGAUUGA